AUGAACGAUAAUUUCACUAUUGAAGAUACUGAAGAUACAUUCAGAACAGAAAUCAUAGCGGAGCUAAUCCAACUGAAUUUGAAAAAUAAUGGUUGGAGCAACAUCUACAUGAUUGGCAAACUACCGGAUGAGUUGUAUUCUAAAUUAAAAACUUUACCAUUCACCUUCACUACCAGUACUAUUGACACAGACGAUGAAGAUAUAGAAGACGUACUGGCUUAUCAUUCAAACAUGAUUGUAAUAAGCUGUUCUGAUUUUGACGAAUUCGAAGACGCCAUUAGAAAAGCUAUGCUGUCGCCAUAUUGGCAUCCUUUAGCUAAUAUAAUAUUGGAUUAUCAUACGCCGUUAAAAAAUGAGAUUAUUGCUAAAAUAUUUUUUGCCUUCUUCUUUCAUCAAGUAGUUAACGUAAUAAUCAUUCAUAAUAACAAUAACUCGCUUUUAAUAUCUCACUACAAUCAGUUUAUAACUGAAAAUUAUAAGCUUCAAGAAAACUUCGGAUGUUGGACAUCAAGUAAAGCAACUGUGAGGAUAGACAAAUUCGAGACUGGUUUUACAUGUGUUCAGGAUUGCCACAACGUAUCAUUGCACUCGUUGUUGAGGUCUCAACAUCUGGGUACUUGUAUUGGAUUCAACACAGAAGUAAUUUUCAAUAAAACACAAAUUAAAAGCAUUAACUUUUUUGAGGAUAAAGCAAAAAAUAUGCAUGGGUAUACAAUGCGUGCGUAUGCAAUUGAAGUUCUACCAUUUUUUAUAAUAAAACCCAGUGGUAAUGGAUCUUUUACUUUGCAUUCUCGAGAUGGAAUGAUCUGGAAUACAAUGGCUGAACUUUUUAAUUUUAAAAUCGACUUAUCUCCUAGUCGGGAUGUCAUGAAGACAAAGUUUAAUUUUGAAAAGAAUAUCGCUCAAUUGUUCGACUUUGUACGACGAAAAGGCGAUUUACUUUUAUUUCCUGUUUAUCAAUUCGACAUAGUUGUUCUUGAAGUAGAUUAUACAGUGCCUUAUAUAGACAGCGGUCUCUGUAUAUUAUCCCAUCGGGCAGAUUACGAAACUAUUGUGUUUAAUAUAAAACUUUUGGAGCAAAAUUCAGAUCUGAUAAUCAGUACACAAGCUGCUAUUAUUUCUCUGUUCUCUGCUUAUAAAAGAGGAAAAGAAGUUGAUACCUUCGAAGAUGUAAUUGAAAAGGGCUAUAAGAUUGAAGGGAUGUCGUCACCAGAUAUCAUGCUUCCAGAUACAGAAGAAAAAUUUAGGAAGAUUAAUUCAAAACUGGAACCCUUACAAGAUUUAUUUGGAUGUGUUAAAUACAUGCUAAACGAUAGUAAGAGAUUUUGUGUCAUAGAUUGUACUUUCAGCUUGUCUCAUUUCGUCGGUAACCUCAGUGGGCGCUCCUUCGCCAGCGUAACAAGCAACCAGUCAGUAUACAGCGCAUCACGACCUUGGUCUCGGAUCUCUAGACGAAGAUGGAAUGAUGCCACAUUGAAUAAUCCAUUAGAAGCCAGCAAAACUGCAUGGCCAGUUGCUCACAAGGAAUCAAUUUUCCUGCCAGAAUUUCCUAUAACAACAGAUCUACUCCAAAAAGACUUUGAAAUAGCACAUACAAUAGCUAAAGGUGCUUUCGGAGAAGUGUAUAAGGUGAAGAAAUUGAGCGAGAACAAAGAAUAUGCUCUGAAAGUGUUGAAUAAGUCACAGGUUGUAAGUGACAACGCCGUGCGACAAGUGAAGGAAGAGGCCAGAAUACAAGCGGCUGUUGGACACCACGUGUUCAUUGCAGGAAGCGUGUCGCGUUGGCAGACUAAGAAAAGACUGUACAUUGUUUCAGAAUACAUUCCCGGCGGUGAGCUGCUAGCUUUAAUAGAAAAAUACGGAAAGUUACCCGAGAAUCUGGUCAAGAUAUUUCUGGCUGAAAUUGCUAUAGCUUUAGAUUUCCUUCAUAACGCCGGUAUAAUAUACCGUGAUCUCAAGCCAGAGAACAUACUCUUAGACACAGACUACCACAUACGACUGAUAGACUUCGGUCUUUCUAAGUGGCUGUCUAUAGGGUCCCGUACAACAACCAUCUGCGGAACCCUGAAAUACAUGGUGGACAAAAACAGUGGUUUUAGACCGGAAGUCAACAGAGUGACUGUUGGACUAUGUCAUUAG